CACACUGUUACAAUUUCAUUACCUUGUUUUUAUAAAACUUGCAUUUUUUUAGUUUUAGAAUAUAUAUGAAAAUAUAGAUAUAUACAUAUAAAAAUAUAAAACACGUUGUACUUAAGCAAUUGCAUUGGAGGAGAUGAGCUCAUCACGGUCAAAGUGGGAAGCAUUUUUCAAAGACGCUCACAUUCCAACAAAGCAAGCCACAGAGUAUGCAUCAAGAUUUAGUGACAAUCGGGUGCGUUUGGAUAUGCUUAAUGAGUUGAGCAAGGAAUUACUGCAUGAUCUUGGUAUUAAAGCAGUUGGUGAUGUCAUAGCUAUAUUACGUCACGCUAAGUUCAAACAUGCAGAGUUGUCUCGUGACCGUUCUACUUCUCCUGAAGUUGUUGAAAAGCCGCCUAUGAAAAGAAAAUCAGAUGUAGCAACUUCAAAGAAGACACAAUUGCCAGAGAAGUUUCCAUCUAAAUUGUCUCUGGUCAAGCCAAAACCACCAAAAACAAUCCCACAAAAAACUGUGGCUUCAAAGGCACAACCCUCUAAGAAUAUGCCAACCACACAAGUCAAAGAUAGUGUCAUACCUGCCAACGCACCGGCUUUGCGAAUUACCACAUCAACGCAAUCCCCCACGACGUCAAAACUGAAGCCUGGUCGCAUGAAAUUGUCGGAUAGAUUUAACGAGUUUCAUAAUGAAGCAAAAAGAAAGAAAUUGGAAGAGGAAAGAGUGGAUGAAGAGAAUGAUAGGUUGAGUGAAAAGCAGCCAGGAAAAGGUAGAGGUACCACGUUCACUAUCCAAGUUCCCAGGAAGCAGUCAUCUACAAAAUCAACCAAUCUGGAAGAAAUACAGAAGGUGACAACGCAUCCUAAAGUCACUCUUGUACCUGCUCAAGGAAAAGCAUUAAAUCGAAACAGACAAUCCACGUCGAUAUUUGAUCGUCUGGGUAAAUCCACUGCUAGUAAUAUUCCGAUACAGGGUAAAACGCCGGAGAACAAACCAAAUGUUUUUAAUCGCUUGGGUGCAAUAAGUACCUCACCUAGUACGAUUCAACCAGUUCAAAAAGUAUCCGCCAUCGUUCGGAAAACCAACAAUACGGCGAGUGGGAUGACGAAAGCGAGUAAGACGUCGAGUGUUUUUAACAGAUUGGGUAGCAAGUGAAAACGAACUUUCGUGGCCAUGAUAUGACGUGAUAUCCGUAUUGAAAUACUUGGCACAACAAGAAAACACCUAUUGGGCGGUUUAUUCGAGUUCCACGGCAAAUGAAACAGAGAUCUCAGAGUAAUACGAGUCGUAAGGAACGAAACAGAAGUAUCAGAAUAAUACGAGUUUUGUAACGAACGAAACAGAAAUCGCAGUUUUAUCGUAUCAUCGCUGGGGCGUUUACCGUUGUGUAAACUGCAAUAAAGAGUUCACGCUUUUCAAUCAUUUGAUCUCCUUGUUUGUUUGUUCGUUCCUAUCUCUUUUCUUCAACUUUUAGAUUUCCUUUGUUCCUUCUACAGCAGGAGCUUUGAGCUGCUUUUAAUUUUAAAACUACAAAAUUGCUCCGUUAUAUCAAAAGCUCUAUGUAGUCUCGUUUGUAAUCAACCAAAGUUCGUUAUAUUUUUUUCGCAAAAUGGCUAAAACUAAAGUCGAAAAUAACUACCCCCGUCCAACUCCGCAUAUCAUCUGUCUUCAAGCACGUUUCAUGCUAGCACGUGUCCGCACCAAUGUAAAUAAAAUCGUUUUCGUGAGUUUUAAAAUUCCAACUUCAUGUGUGAACAUGAACAAGAAUACAUUAAUCAAAAAAUGUUGUUUUUUAUUAACUGGGUUUGUUUUUUAAUCAUUUGUAUAUAUAUUUUUAUAAUUGGAUGAAAAACAUGUUUGAA